AAAAUGAAAUAAACUGAAGAUGAGCCGUCGGAUAUUCGUCAGUUCAGUUGUUCCCCGAAGACGAAGACACGAAUGUUCGUUUCGUAUCCAUCUGCACGUCAGAUUCCCGUCCCGUUAGCCCCCUGCGCACGGCACACCAAAUCCACAGGUUACGAUGAAUCCUCCUUCUGCGCGCUGCCGUGUUUUGCUUUCGAGUUGUGUUUCAACGUUUCUCCUCCCCGUUCCCUAACGUCACUUUGCUAGGAGUGGAUGCUGUGUAUAAUAAAAGUACACGCAUGGAGUAGAGGAAAGGCUGAAAAGAAAAAAAAUCUUUAUUAGUACCAUCUUGCUUUAAAAAGAAAAACUGGACCGCUAACAAACAUCCUCAGCGUGGAAGCGCUUUGACAAGGACGUUUUCUGUUGCGUUACCGCCGCGUGUGAUUUCAGACGCGUGCUGAGGAUUAUUAUUAUUUUGUAUAAUAUUUAUUUUCCCUAGGAUUCCCAGCUGGAAAUAACUGUAUUCCUGUCUAGUGGAUUGGAGUAGAGGUCCGCCAUAUUCUGCCUUACCACGCCCGGGGAGCCGAGCCAUUGAAAAAAAAAAAGAAGGCUGGGUAUUUUUUCCUCCGUUCACAGGCGCAAGGCGACUAUAUAUUUAUGCAUAUCAAUAAUAAUUCUUUCACGUAGGGCGUUGCAUCAGCGUUCGCAAGACUACAAGCAGGAACAUCGUUGUGAAAAUCAGCGGGGUAAAGAAAGAAAUGCUUAAUAAGAUUAGGUCCUGAAAGGCUACGGAGGCAGCGUUUCUAAAAAGGAUCUGUUGCUCAAACUGAGAAGGAAAAGCAGAUUAGCCCUAUUACGGUUUUAAUAGUGUUCGCAGGAGGCUCUUCAGAUUUGCUGCUUGGGGAUCACCUUAAAUACCAGCCAGCGCCAGCCCAGCGAUCUACGGCUUUUUAACAUUGGAUUAUUAUUGUUAUCAUUUUAUUUCCUGACUUUAUUUGGUCAGUAUUAUUUUUUUUUUAAUUUUGACUCUGCCGUCAGUGAUUACAUGUUGUUCAAGGAUCAAGACUGAAAGAGAAUUGAUCUUUUAGCCCUGCCGAGGAUUUCGCGUCUUGAUCUCUCUUUUUUAAUAGAUCAUUCUCACUACAUUGUAUGUUCGCCAGGCACGCGCAAGACAAAAGGCCGUAGCUCGAGGGGACGUUGUGGUUUGGAUUUUUUUUUUCUUUUUUUCCCCCCCUUUUUUUUUUGGAAGAAUGACCCUGGAGUCCAUCAUGGCGUGCUGCCUUAGUGAGGAGGCAAAGGAAGCGAGACGGAUCAACGACGAGAUCGAAAGGCAGCUUCGCCGGGACAAGAGGGACGCUCGCCGGGAACUGAAGCUACUGCUACUCGGUACAGGAGAAAGUGGCAAAAGUACAUUCAUUAAACAGAUGAGGAUCAUACAUGGGUCAGGAUACUCAGAUGAGGACAAACGAGGCUUCACAAAACUGGUCUAUCAGAACAUCUUCACUGCUAUGCAGUCUAUGAUCAGGGCCAUGGACACUCUGAAAAUCCCCUACAAGUAUGAGCACAACAAGGCGAAUGCACAUAUAGUCCGUGAGGUGGAUGUAGAGAAGGUGACCAUGUUUGAUAGCCCUUAUGUUGAAGCCAUAAAGAGUUUAUGGAAUGACCCAGGCAUCCAAGAGUGUUAUGACAGACGGAGAGAAUACCAGCUCUCUGAUUCAGCCAAAUACUAUCUCAACGACUUGGAUCGUAUUGCAGACCCUGCCUAUCUGCCCACCCAGCAAGAUGUCCUGAGAGUCAGAGUUCCAACCACAGGGAUCAUUGAGUACCCUUUUGACUUGCAAAGCGUCAUUUUCAGGAUGGUGGAUGUAGGAGGGCAGCGAUCAGAACGAAGGAAAUGGAUUCACUGCUUUGAAAAUGUGACAUCUAUCAUGUUCCUAGUAGCUCUCAGUGAAUACGAUCAGGUACUUGUGGAGUCAGACAACGAGAACCGUAUGGAGGAGAGCAAAGCAUUAUUUAGGACGAUAAUCACAUAUCCCUGGUUUCAGAAUUCUUCUGUCAUUCUUUUCUUGAACAAGAAGGACCUUCUAGAAGAGAAGAUCAUGUAUUCUCAUCUAGUUGAUUACUUUCCUGAAUAUGAUGGGCCUCAAAGAGAUGCACAAGCAGCAAGGGAGUUCAUCUUGAAAAUGUUUGUGGAUCUGAAUCCUGACAGUGACAAAAUAAUCUACUCACACUUCACAUGUGCCACAGACACGGAGAAUAUACGCUUUGUCUUUGCUGCUGUCAAGGACACUAUUCUACAGUUGAACCUAAAGGAGUACAAUCUGGUCUAGUGUGGGAGAGAUGAGAGAAUAUGGAAGAGUGACUGCAUUAUCUGUGGAGAGAAAGAAAACCUAAUUGCAUAAUACUAAUUUAUUGCCGUCCUGGACUCUGUAUUCACAGAGUUUGUAGUAAAUAUUCUGAUUUUAUUUAAAAGAAAUGGGGGGUAAUAGAUGCUGGGUAACAUUUGCAGCACAAUGUCCUCAUUUUUAAGCGAAACUUUGUGAACUUCAAAUGUUUGGGGUUUUCUGUCGAAAUCUCACACAUGCACUCAAAAGAGAGUAAGGGUCUUGAUUUUUUUUUUCUUUAGCUUUUAAAUCAGAUUUUCAAGUGCGCCCUGCACCCUGCUUUCCUUGACUUGUCUUUGAGGUAACAAUUACUUUUAUUCAGAUCCAUUCCUUUUAAAACUCUCUCUUUCUUCUCUGACCAUUAGAAAUUAUCCUCAUCUUAGAAACAAAGCCAUCUGUUCUUCUAAUUUAUGUAUUUUCUGAAGGAUAAAAAGUAUUGAUACUGUGAUUUUUAAAUUAUUGAUAUGUAUAAAUUAUUACUUCCAGUUUGGUACUAUCUAUUUUCAUCCUGGGCUAAAGAAAAAAAUAUAAUAAUAACUUGGAAGCACACCAAGCAAUAGGUAGUUGCAUUCAGAUUUCAGAUAACCCAAUGAUUAAUCAUAAAUAGACAUAAGCAAAUUAGUUCCUAACAUUGAACGACUCAAUAUUUAUAGAGUGCUAUCUUUUCCAUUCUGGUUAUCUUGUGCCACAAUUGCAUCAUUUGUAUUGCAGAUGCCAAACAGAAUGCCAUGAACACUACGACGUCCCCAAACCUCUGCAGUAUAAAGCUACCUUUUGUGUUCUUUCAUUCAUUCUCUUUCAUGUUUAAGCUACGGCUGGAGGCAGCGUCUUUCCAGUUUUAAUAUUUUUUUUUUUUUUUUUUUUUAACUUAUUGUAUACUUUUUACCUUGCCAGCUAGGUGGCAUUUUAUUUCCCAAAGCUUUUCAUAUUGAACGUUUUAUGUAAAAUGCCAAAACCGCUGAUUAAGAAUCAAUUGGAUUGGAUCGGAAACUGAAUGCCAAGCCUGUGUUGAAUUAAUGUGGCGUCAGCUCAUAGGAUCCCGUCAGUCUAUGGUGUUUUAUUUAUGCCAAAUGAAGUGGGUUCAGAAACACGAGAUGAAACGUUUGGGUGUUCUUUGCACAUAUGUAAAAUUUACAGACCAUUUUGAAGCUACUAUGGAUCACUUUUGAUGUCUGUGUGUGAUUGGUAGUAUUACUUGGCACCUUUCAAUGUAGGAUAAUGAAGAUAUUAAUGUAUUAAUUUUGGCAAAAAAAUUAUAAUAACUUGAAGCUUGUUCUUUGCCAUUGCCAGAGUAAAAGUUGUUUUUUUGUUUUUUGUUUUUUUUUUACUUUUGAUUUUAUUUUUUUUUUUCCCAUUUUUGUAAAAGUGUUAUCAGUGCAGCCGAUUUUUAUUUCUGCCUUAGCUGCUUUAUAGGGGAAUAUUGGAAUUGUGGGCUUCUCUGAGUUACCGUUUUGAACUGUUUGCUACAAAAGAGGCCUUUUUAUUCUGGCAAGUUCUUUUCUAGCAGCUGUUUUUUACCUAUGAGCUGAUUGCUUUUGAACGUCCAGCGGUCAACCACCUAGUUAAUAUUCGUUUGCAAUUUGAAGAAUGGCACUCUUCUUAAAGGUGCAAGGAGCAGCUUGCUUAUUGUUAAGUACCAAAGUUAAAGUGUCAUCAUAUUGGCCGGGACCCCUUCUUCAUUACUUUUUUGGGUUGUUCCCUCCAUGAUACGCCUGUAAUUACAUAUUUUUGAAACCUGGUUGUAGGUAUAGUGCAAUUAUAAAUGAUAUAAUCAUUGUACAUACAUCUCUAUAUAUAUAUGGCAGCAUCCAUAUUGGCUUUGUAAUCAUUAAUUUUGGCAGAUUGAAUGUGCUGUAAUGAUAAUAUGUAUCUAUGUAAUUGUAUUGUAUGUCUUAUAGCUAAUUCACAUUUUGAAUAAUGUUAUUUACUUUUUUAAAAAAAGAGAAGAAUGUAAAGUUUUUGCCAGUUCAUUUGUCAAUUAGGAAAUGAUAGAUUUCUUUCUUUAAGAAAAUAUAUUUUCAAACUUUAACAAAACACCUAAAGUAACUGCCAUACACAAAGGGUAUUCCAGUGCUUUGACUAAAACCUCAGACGUAUUAUCUCCCCCCUCUUCCCGGGCAGUUCUUUACUUAAAAUUGUGCUGUUUCUUCUUUAAAAAUAAAAAUAAAAAAGCACUUGCAGUGAGGUUCGUGUCCAGCAGACGAGCUCCCUUUAAGAAUUUACUUUGCAGCAAAAGUAGCUGAUUGUUUUCAGUAUUUCAAAAGGGUUUAUAUAUAUGUAUCUAUUGAAUAUCAUUUCCUUCCGGUUUUCUCAUCAGAGUCCCUCUUUUGAGCCGUUAGUGCUCACAUGAUAUCUUUUUAUUUUUGAUUGUGGCUUUAACAAGCCCAAAGGAUCACAUCCAGUCGGUGGUCAUUGCCACAGGUAGAGUCCAAGUGACGUGCAGUCGCCGUUGUGUUGUCUGCAACUCAUUAAAGAAAGUUGAAUCGAGACGUGCUGGCAGGUGAGCCCAGAUUUAUAAAGCCACAGUCACUCACUUUACUCAAGAAAACGCAAUACAUAGUAACAAAGUGAAAAAGUAAAAUUGGGAUGAGCACCCAAGUCUCUUUAACUAGUGUUUAAAAUGUACGCUUGUUGUGUGCAAAACACAAGGACUUAAAUACCCCAUACCUUGAUCACUAUGUGAUAAGCUAUAUGAUGCUGCUAUUUUGUGUUCGUGACACACAAAAUGUAUUAAAUGUGGUAGUCUUAAUCAAGAAUGGUUGGGAUUAUUUAUAAAAACAUAGUGUUGCAUCCCAGGUGAAGAAAAUGAACUCUGCUGUUCGCCUGUCUGAAGUUCCUGCAGUGACACAUCAGCCAGUUACAACUAUUGUAAGCUAACUGGCCAGGCUGAAGCUCUUCUGUGGCUCACUUUCUCAGGACCACAGCAAGGCUAAGAGAGUGAGGGCCGGGGUACAAUCAUAAGCGAGGAGCCCGCUCCAGUGGUCAGCCUCACCCAGUUGCUCAGUGGGAUUUUAUCCAAGUUGGUUACUGCAAAUUUAAACAGUGAUCACUGGACAAGCCUGCUUUCGGCUUUCUGUUCUAUUUAAUCACAACUAUGGUAACCGCACAAGGUUAAGAGGGCCUUCUUUAGCUCGGUCAGUUAUUGUCACAUUUGUGGCAAGUUGAUGCUAUGACUGAGUGUGCAAGGGCUUAUGGGGGGCCUAGUGAUGGACGAUCCUGAUCUCUUAUUUAGUAUUUAAUUCCUCUUUCCUCUAGCUUUUUAUUAGUAAGAGUUUAAAUUGCCAAUGAAAAUGAUCCUCAUAUUUUAAUCAGCCUUUCAUUUUCAUCACUAAAAGGGUUUUGAGAAAAUAAGUGUUGGUGGUGGUCUCACUGAAGUUGAGGAGAUGCUUUUAAAUGCCUUCUUGUUGCUGUAAUUUGCCUGUUUUUACUAGGAUCAUGAGUUAAAUAGCAGAACAACUCAUGAAGAUUUUACGUCUAAUGUAUAUAGUGUACUAUAAAAUCUUUCAGCUAAUCUGUAAAUCCUGCUGUGCAACCUCAGUAAACGGAGACACGCGCCCCUUCACCCCUCCUAGCUCGAUUGAGAUAGUAUUUAAUUUGCACCAGUGGUUUUAAUUGGCCAUUACGCAGUGUCGUGUUGGCUAGUGUAAGGUGGACAGAAGGAUGACAAAUUCUAAAACCUCACAUGUGAUCCUUACCUUGAAAUCUCUGGAUUCUUCCUUUCUGAGAUAAGCGACUGGGCGAUUACUAAUCUGUAAUAAUGCAGUGACACCUCGGUUACACUAAGAGCGUAAAAUAAAAUGACUCGUGAGUGUGGCGUACGUCCUAUAAAAAUAUUUAUACCAUAGUAAUGUCCACCAUAUUGUGAUUUUUAUGGCUUAAAGUAUUCUGAAAAUUGUUUUAUUUCUUACGGUGUUUUAUUACGAAGUCAAAUCCUGUAAUUAGCGCUAGGGGUAUCUAGCUGAAAUUUUUUAUAGUACUCUGUGUAUUGCUAAAAGAUUAUCUUGGGACACCGUGACUUUUAUUAACACCUCCUGAUUCUCAGCAUGGGUGGCUUGUAGGUAAACUAGUCAACAUUUCAAAAAGUGUGCCUUUUAACCAGCAAUAGGCUGGGAAGUUUGUAGAGUGGCACCAUUGUGACGAGACAGGGUUAGGGUUAGGGUUAGGGUCUCACAAAACGAGUGUCUUUGCCAAACAGGAACCCUUUAACAUUUCGGUAUUACCGUGACUUAUCAUGAAUUCACUGUUCGCAUCUGUUCUGAUUAGGAUGCGUUCCCGCACUCGGUGCUUCGCUUCUACUCUUGAAGAAUUAAACAUGAGAGGAUCAGUUGAGGAUGCCAGGUGCCUGCUACUUUAUCUGCAAAAGUAAAGUCUUACGACGAACUGCUUGAUGAAUUCUUGAGUGAGCCGCUGCCAAGGACCCGCCGUCUUUAUUUGGGUUGGCUUUCCUCAUUUUUCUGCUGAUAGCGCUCUGUUAGGUCCGUGUCACUCGAGAUUCAGCAUGUUGGCAAAUAGUCGGGCAAGGAAGACACGGAGUGUUUGAAAAAGACUGACCGAGUACUGCUGUUUUUACUUUUUCUUUGUGGCGGCCGUUUCUUCUCUAUUAAGACAAACUCAUUUGCAGUGAAUAACACUAAUUUGUUUUUUUUCUUUUCUUUUAUGAAACUACAGUGAAAUGUUUUAACUGUGAAUUUACUUUUACACUUUAUUUUGUGCUGCCAAUGAGGCCAAUAUGUGUAAUUUCUGCUUUUUUUUUUUUAAUACAGUUCCAGUACACUGGCUAUUCAAUAGAUACAUAUUUACACGCAUACACGGAUAAUCAAAAAAUAAGGCUGGGAUUUCAGUGCUUUAAUUUUUCUCCAUAAAGUCAAAAUAUGUGACAUUGAUUUUAGUUUUUCCAAUGUGCGAAAUACUGCCCAAGUUUUUAUUGUAAUGUUUCUUGAGCAGGUCUUGUGUUGCCGUGAUUGUGAGUAAGCGUUACUAGACGGCAGUGGUUUUCACGUCACACGCCUGACUCCAGUGAGCGCAGUGGCUCGUGUCCAGCCUCUGACCACCCAUAUGAGUGUGAUAUCCAGCUGAGGCCCCCCACACAAAUGGCUCGGCCCUUUACCCUGUAAAUGUUGCAGGAGCACAGAUAUCAUCCCAUACCGUUGGGCGUGCCAUGUUGGAAGAGCGAAUGUACGACUGAACUGCAAGUUGCGCUCAUGGUAAGAUGUGUGAAGAAGUAACAUUACGUUUUCUUGUUUGUUUUGCUUUUAAUUCUUUCCUAAAGGUAGGUUGUUUCGCACAUAAAUAUGACAUUUUUGAAAUCCCGACCGUCUUUUUCGAUGCAUACUGCAUGUGUGCUCUGACUCAACUGACGGCUCAAGCAGUACUCACAGUAUUAACGUAUUCCACAUACUCUACGCUAUCGCAUCGCAGAAGUGACUUUUUGUAUUAUAUAACGUUCAUAUCUCCAAUGUUUCUGUGUGCCAACAUGGUGGAACUCUGACUGGGCCUGUUUAUUAUGUUCUCAUUGAACUGGUUGACUAACAGAUAAAACAGUACGACACGGAGCAUUUUAAAAACAAAAAGAAUCGAGCCAGAACUGCUUGCUGGUGGUGUUUCUUUUUUUGUUUGUUUUUUUUACUUUUUUAUGUCAUUCAAGUGCAUGUAUUGUUUAUUGUUUGGGGGUGGGAAAUACAUUUUGAAAAAAAAAAAUGUUGUAUUAAAAAAGACACAGAUACUGCCCCAAAUGAUUUUGCUGGUUAAAAAUAUAAUAUUUUUUGGCCAUAAUUUUGUAUUUCUCUUCAUUCCUUGAAUUUUUGCUUCUCUCAGAGUUUUUGCAACUUGUCUUUCCACUUCUGUGCUUUCACUUCAUGAUGGAAUAAAUUACUCCUGUUUAUAA